UUGCCUUGGCAUUUGGUUUUAGUUUGUUGGUUCCACGAAAUUGGUUUACUUGUUACAAAGUUUCAAUGCCCGGUAUGUUUAUAUAUAAGUGGUUUGAGUGAAAUGAAAGGAAUCAUUCAAUUUCAAUAAAAACAUGGGAAGAUACGAAUGUGCAAUAUUAGUACUUGUGCUGUUGGUUGAAAUUGCAGAAAUAUGCUUAUGUGCAAAUUCAAAUGUCCAUUGUAUAGAACAUGAGAGGCAAGCCCUUCUCGAGUUCAAAGCAUCUUUUGAUGAAGAUUCACUGACCAGGCUUUCCUCAUGGAAAGGCAAUAACUGUUGCCAAUGGGAAGGCAUUGGUUGUGACAAUGUUACUGCCCAUGUUGUCAAGCUUGAUCUCAGGAAUCCUUGUUACACAGAGCUUGUUGUUCACCACCCUCGUGAAGAUAAUGUUGACUAUCUUUCCCCCUAUGAUAAUGAUUAUUUUGACUAUCUUUCCCCCUAUGAUAAUGAUAUGGCAAAUUGUUUGAGACUAAUUGCUCCAAAUCUCAACUCAUCUUUGUUGCAAUUGAGAUACUUGACUUACUUGGACUUGAGCGGAAAUGACUUCAAUUACAGUCAAAUUCCCAUGUUCUUGGGUUCCAUGGGACGCCUCGAGUAUCUAUCUCUCUCUUAUGCUUAUUUUAUAGGAAGGAUUCCCAUCAGUUUCGGAAAUCUGAAGAACCUACGCUCGCUUGAUCUUAGCUACAAUUUCCUUGAUUUACAAAUGAAUGAUGACACUAGUCGAAUAACAUGAUUGCCAAUUCCUGUUGCUUUUAGAAACUUGUCUUCCAUUCAACUGCUAUACCUUUCUAGAAACGGUUUCACUUCUAUUCCAUCAUGGUUCAAUGACUUGGAGAAACUUACCCUUUUUGACCUUUCUUACAAUGGGCUUCAUGGUCAAAUACCUUAUGCUUUCACCAACUUGUCAUCACUUGUGCAUCUCGAUCUUUCUUGGAACUAUCUUCAUUCAAUUUCAUCAUUGUUGUUCAGUAACCUAAAAAAGCUUGUGCAUUUUGAUAUUGGAAACAAUAGGUUCUACGGUCCAAUACCCGAGGCUUUUCAAAACAUGACUACUUCCAUUGAAUUCUUUGGCCUUUCAGACAACAACUUCACAUCAGUUCCAUCCUGGUUUUGCAAAUUUGAUAAACUUACCCAUCUUGAUCUUUCUUUCAAUGACCUUCAUGGUCCAAUUCCUGAUGCAUUUCGAAAUAUGUUUUCCAUUGAGUCCCUUAAACUUCAGGGAAAUAGUUUAACUUCAAUUCCAUCAUGGCUUGCCCAGCUCAAGAAACUUGUUACCCUCGAUCUUAAUAGUAAUCAACUCACUCUCACAGAAUGUUUUCUAUCAUCAAUCAUAACAAACAUGUGUCACCUUAAAGAGUUAGAUUUAUCAAGAAACAAGCUUCAAGGGGAAUUAAUGGGACAAUUUGAAUUAUCUGGAUGCAUUAGAUAUGAUUUGAAGUUUCUAGAUUUAAGUUAUAAUGAUAUAAGUGAUCGCAUGCCAACUUGGUUGGAGCAACUUGAAAAUCUAAAGUACCUUGAUUUUAGUUCAAAUUUUCUCCACGGACCUAUCCCUUUAUCUAUAGGAAAGUUGUCAAAUUUGGAAGAACUAGGACUAUCUGAGAAUACAUUGGAAGGGGUUCUUUCGAGUAAUAUUGGACAACUUAUCAAUUUAAUUUGGUUAGAUCUUUCUUCUAAUAAGUUUCAUGGUUCUAUUUCACAAAGUCUGGGGAAACUUACAAAGUUGCGAUAUCUUAAUCUUUCAAAAAAUUAUUUUAAUGGCAUCAUUCCUCAAAGUCUAGAGAAACUUGCAAAGUUAGAGUGUCUUGAUCUUUCAAACAAUUAUUUUAAUUGCCUCAUUCCUCAAAGUCUGGGGAAACUUACAAACUUAUGGUAUCUUAAUCUUUCAAACAAUUCUUUUAAUGGCGUCAUUCCUGAAAGUCUUGGUCAACUUGUCGAUUUGAUGUAUUUACAUAUUUCUUCAAACAAGUUGAAUGGAACAAUGUUUAUGGAAAAAGAACAGGCUACAAUUCUACCCUAUUUAAAUUUGUGGGAAUUGGAUCUCUCCCACAAUCAAAUCAGUGGUUCACUUCCAAAAAAUAUUGGCCAUAUAAUGCCCUCUUUGGGGAACUUGAAUCUUGGAAGUAACCUCUUAAAUGGUUCAAUACCAAUCUCUUUUUGCCAAAGUAUGUUGUUCAUCCUCGACCUUUCAAACAACAACUUAUCUGGUGAAAUUCCAAAUUGUUGGGAGGAUAAUCAAAUAUUGUACAACAUAAAUUUGUCUUCUAACAAACUAGAAGGUGUAUUCCCAAGCUCAUUUGGAAGUAUUUACUCAUUGUAUUGGUUGCAUUUGAACAAUAAUAGUCUUCAAGGGGAGCUUCCAAGGUCUCUAGGAAAUCUUAAGCAAUUGUUAAUUUUGGAUCUCGGGGAGAAUCAUUUUUUUGGGAGUAUACCAUCAUCAUGGACCGCAAACACAUUUCCUUCAUUGCAGAUUCUUAGACUGCGACAAAACAUGUUGAGCGGUAACAUUCCCUUACAACUAUGCCGAUUCAAAUCGCUAAAAAUUUUGGACCUUUCUAGAAAUAGAUUACAAGGUUCAAUACCUCGCUGCAUAGGAUAUCUUCAAGGGAUGACUUUGGACAAAGCAUUAUAUAAAGCCAAUCAAAAAUUAGUUUCUAUGCAACCAUACAAGCUUAUAGGAAAGGCUCCUAGUCCAAUAAGCAUAAACGUUAUAGGGCUUGCUGCUGCAUCUCCUUCUGUUCUUAAAGCUGCAGCUCCAGCCGAAUGGUCUAGUCUUCAAGAUGUCACCGAAGUCAUGAAAGGAAGGGAACUUAAGUAUACCAAAAUCGUAAAACUUGUAGUCAACAUGGACUUGUCGGAAAACAAUUUGGUUGGAUUCAUUCCUGAUGAAAUCACUUGGCUCACAGAAUUGCAUGGCUUGAAUUUGUCCAAAAAUCAAUUGAAAGGAGAGAUUCCUAAGUUGAUAGGAGACAUGAAAUCACUAGAAUCAUUGGAUAUGUCUCAUAACCAUCUUUCAGGCACAAUACCAAACACCAUGUCUGCAUUAACUUCAUUGAGUCAUUUAAACUUGUCUCACAAUAACCUUUCAGGACCAAUUCCAUUAGAUAAUCAAUUUUUAACUUUUGAUGACCCAUCUAUUUAUGCUUACAACACAUACUUAUGUGGAUCUCCACUCCCGAAUAAGUGUCCUGGUGAUAUUUCGCAUGGAACUUCUGAAAGAAAAGGUGAUGAUGAGGAAAAUGAAAGUGAUGUAGAAAAAGUGUGCUUUUACUUUGUGAUAGCAAUUGGAUUUGCGAGUGGGUUAUGGGGAUUUAUUGGAACUUUAUGGUUGAAGAAGAAUUGGAGGUAUGCUUACUUCAGAUGGGUGGAAGAUGUUGCUGAUGAUAUUUAUGUGACAGUUGUAAUAAAAAUGGGGAAUAUAAAGAAGCAUAUGAUGAGAAACCAUGUCCAAGGGUGAUUGAUUAUGUGUUUAUCUUUUUGGGAAUAAGGUUCAUUUCAUGUCAUGCCACUCUUUGUAUUUUUGCUUUCUUGUAAUCAAUUUUGUAAAUGUUUUAUUUCAGAUAGAAAUAAGGUUCAUGUCACUCUUUGUAUUUUUGCUUUCUUAUGCUCAAUUGUGUUUAGUUGGCAGCAUGGGGUACUUAUUUUGUUAAAAAAAUUGUUAUAUACUACUCUCUCUAAUCUUAAAGACUU